AUGACUAUAUCGACACUCUCGCAUGCCUUUGUUGGUUUGGCGCUGCUCAAGGGUGUUGCACAGGGUUUCAAUGUUUACGUGUAUAACAAGUGUAAGGAGGACUUUACGCUGGCUCAUGUGACACAAGGUGCUGUGGAUUCCGAGUUUGUGUCUGCUGGGGGUUCCACUAUCCGAAACAUUCCCGAUGGAUCGCCCUCACAUGUUCUCAAGUGGGGUCUUGAUGCUCAGGCUACCUUGGCCGAAUUUUCAGCUGAAAUGAAUAAAGCGUGGUAUGAUAUAAGUGUCAUCCCAACUGGUCCCAAGAGUGGUCCUGCAAACUGCAUGACUUGGUCGGCAUGUAAGGAACUAACGGGAGGUGUUGGCUUCAAUAAACCCAUGCAGAUUACACCACAUGUUCAAGAUGGUCAACGCUGUGUCGAACUCACGUGCUUAAAAGACACUUGUGCAGAUGCUUAUACGUUUCCUACGGACGACACAAAGACACACACAUGCCCACUGUCGACUGACUUUGACGUCACAUUCUGUCCUGGUGGCUCGGGGGGUGCUGCACCGCCUCCUUCACAAGCUCCGUUGCCACCUCCAACAUCAGCUCCUACACCCGAACCGACUCAAGCUCCAGCAGCUCCUCCUCCCGAAGAACAACAGGAACAAUACCAACAAGAGCAACAGCAACAAGAGCAACAAGAGCAACAAGCGCAACAGCAGCAACAACAGCAACAAGAACAACAAGAACAAGAACAACAGGAGCAAACAGAGCAAGAGCAAACAGAGCAAGUGCAGGAAUCAGAGUCACCGACCGAACCGGACAACCAGACGCCAUUAUCGAGUGGAUCGACUGGUGUAUCAAAUGUGACUACUUCCACGAAUAAUACUGGAAAUUUUCGUCAGACCAACACUUCGAAUGUCAACAGUCCUACAGUGCAACAUACGACACCAACAGUACAUAACACUGCGCAACAGAUUGGUGGAAAGAAGGGUCUCGACACGUCUGAUAACGACACGGUCCAACACAUCAACACACAGUCCGAGAGCAGCGGACCUGAUGGUACACCGUACAUUGUGCUGGCUGUUGGUGGAUUCGUUGGUAUCGUGGCUGCAGCUGCCAUCUUUGCUGUGCGAAAGAAGAAGGCAGCUUUGGAUGAGAUGGAGAGCAAAACGCCAGUCUCUGCGAUGCCUCAAGGCACACUCGCUGGUUUCUGCACCCCACGCAACAACGUCAGUGUUUUGUAG